GUUAUGUUGUAUGAUGUGUCAAAGUUUGUGAUUUAGAUUGAGAUUCUAAAAUCUUCUAAACUUUAAUGAAAAUAGCAAAAAAUAUUUUUUUGUGUUGUGAAUCGAACAUCUCAAGCUAUGGCCGUCGUAAUAGAAACGACGUUGGGAGAUAUUACUGUGGACUUAUACUUAGACCAAAGGCCUGUAACAUGUCUUAACUUUUUGAAGCUUUGCAAGAUGAAAUAUUACAAUUACAAUCUAUUUUAUAGUAUACGCAGUGGUUUCAUAGCUCAAACAGGGGAUCCUACAGGUGAAGGAUCUGGAGGUCAAUCGAUAUUUGGGCUACUAGAAGGUCCCUCUAAACGAUUCUUUUCUGGAGAAAAGAUGCCUAAAAUUCGCCAUACAAAUGCAGGUUUGCUGUCAAUGGUGUGUACAGGAGACAUGAUGGUGGGGUCACAAUUCUUUUUUACCCUAGCUUCAGAUUUAGACUCCCUUGAUAGAGUUCACUGUGUUAUCGGCGAGGUGACUGAGGGACAUGAAGUUCUGAGAAAACUUAAUGAGGUUAUCUGUGAUGAUGGACAUCGCCCUUACCAAGAUGUACGUAUCACUCACACUGUGGUACUUGAAGACCCGUUCAAUGACCCUGCUGGAUUUAGAGAGCCUUCUAGAUCACCAUCACCCAGCGCUGAAAGAUUGAAAGGAGGUCGUAUUGCGCCAGAUGAAGAAUUAAAUGAAACAGAAGGAAAAACUGCUGAGGAAGUUCAAGAAAUGAUAGAAGAAAAAGAGGCAAAAGCAAGAGCAACCAUUUUAGAAAUAGUUGGAGACUUACCAGAUGCUGAUAUUGCACCACCAGAAAAUGUGCUGUUUGUUUGUAAACUAAACCCUGUCACAACUGAUGAGGACUUGGAAAUUAUAUUUAGCCGAUUUGGUGAAGUAGUAAGCUGUGAGGUUAUAAGGGAUAAGAAAACAGGUGACUCACUACAAUAUGCUUUCAUAGAAUUCUCUAAUAAGAAAUCCUGUGAAGAUGCCUAUUUCAAAAUGGACAAUGUAUUGAUUGAUGACAGAAGGAUUCAUGUAGAUUUCUCACAGUCUGUGUCCAAGAUGAGAUAUUUAGGGAAAGGUAGGGGUGUCAGAUAUCUUGAUGAAAAUGAUAAGGACUUUAGAAAUCAUAUCAAUAACAAAUCAAGUUCAUCUCAUAAAAAAUCUGAUAGACACACAAAUAAAGAAAAAUAUAGAAGCAGAAAUGAAAAAGACAAUAACCACAUUAAUAAACAAGAUGAUUAUGAAAGUAAAAGCCAUCAUAGAGAAAAGCACAAUAUCAAAAACUCAAAUAAUCGUAGGGAGAGAAGUAGAAGCCAACCUAGAAGAGAUAGAUCUAGAGAAAGAAGGCUUGAAAAGGAUAGCCUAAAUAGUCAAAGUAAUACUAGACGAAAAGAACAUAUUCAUCAUAGUACUGAUGAAAAUAAUCACAAAGAUACACUAAAGAAUAAGUCACAUCUUAGUCCAACAAGAGCAAAUCAAAGAGAAAUGUCAAAAUCACCAAGUAGUAUACAUAAAAAAUCUUCAAAGUCAUACAAAGAUAAACCAUCUGCUGAAAGAAGAAGCAGAAAAGAUAUGGACAAACAUUCUAAUAAAUAUCAAAGAGAAUCUAAUGAUAACGGAGACACUAAAAAGAAAACACCUAAAAGGAAGCGAGAUGAUGAUUCAGUGCAACAUCGAGGUAGUAAAAAACUCAAGGGCAAUGAUCAUAAACAGCUAGAAAAGUCGGACUCUAGGACACCAACACCUGUGCAAAAGAAGCCUUCUGAUAAAAUCAAAAAAGAUAAACCAAAAAGAAAAGAAAAUGUUUCUAAAAAGCGAAGAAAAUAUUCUACCUCAUCCUCCGAUACUGAUUCCUCAGAUAGUAGUUCUUCUAGUGACACAAGCACAUCUAGUGAAGAUAGGAAAAAAAAACGUAGAACAAGAAAGCGUCGAAGGAGAGACUCUUCAUCAAGUAGUAGCAGUAGUGAGUCUAGUGACUCAACAUCAAGUUCUUCAUCAAGCUCGAGUUCUAGUUCAUCAAGUUCGAGUUCCGAUAGUGAACCUAGAAAAAAAAAGAGAUCAAAAAAAGUUAUUCAAAAGAACUCCAUUAAGAAAAAUAAGAAGAAAUCAUAGCUAACUAGCCUUGAUAAUUGGAAAAGCAAAUAAUACUUGUGUUCAAGAAAUAAAUUGUAGCUGUAUAUUAUGUGCCCACUUUUUAUUUAUAUGUUAUCUUACUGCAUAUGAUUUAAGCCCAUUGGAUUGAUCAUUAAUAUGUCAUUAACUUUGGAAUAUAGCUUCGUUUCAAGACAUUGAACUAAUUAAUUUCAAUUAAAAAGGAAAUAUAUCAUAGUCCUCCUUAAUUUCUUAUUGCCUUUCCUUUUACUUAACAUUGAAAAAAUAUCUUAUUCUAAUAUAUAAGUUUUACCAUUUAUUUAUUGUAUUAAGUAAUGGGAAUAUAUGUUUCACAAAAUGCCAGUACAAAUCCUUAAAAACCUCAAUAAAUCAUUUUAAUAAUAUUUUUAUUAAAAUUUCUAGUGCCUAAAUGCAAACUUAGUAAUUAUUUCCUAUUGUGUCUAUAUUAAAUUCAUAACAUUUUUAUUAGAUGAAUUGUAUAUUAGAUCACAAUUUUCUGUAUAUAUUCUCGACAUUUUUUUACAAUUUGUAAAUUACCUCUUUGCAAGAGGUCAUGAAAUGUAAUGUAGUAUGUGUAGUACUUAACUAUUAUUCUUUUGCAAAACUGUAACGUUAGUUUUAUUUAAUUUAAAUAUUUUAUGUAAGAUUAUAUGCAGUCGUUUCGACUGUUGGCUCUGUCUACCCCUUAGGGAUAAAGACGUUAUUAUAUGCAUGUAUGUAAAUUGUAAAGUAACUUAUUUUGACCUAAAAAUAUCCAUCAUAGAAUUCGGAACAACCCUAUACUAUAGGUGGCAAGUACCUACUGGUGGACAUGACCUCGCAAGUUGGUAUUGCUUUAUAGUUGUGACACCAUAAUGUUUUCAUCUUACAUAUUAAAUAACUAUUGCAUAUAUAAUUGAACAAUACUCAAAUUAAAAAUUCAAUAUUCAUUGUUGUAAAAGAAUUGGGAAGAAAAUAGAGUAUGUAUCUAGUAGUAACUAGAAGGAUGUAGACUGAAAACCAUCUAACGAGGAAAUUAGAAUACUUGGGACGUGUAAUGAGUACUGUACUCCUUCAAACCAUUUUUCGGGGAAAAAUUGAAGGGAAGAGAAAACCAGAUCGCAGAAGGUUUUGAUUUUUUUAACAGAUUUUCAACUGACCUGUAGAUUUCAUACGAUGCAAGAUAACGAUACAUUUUCGUUCAUUUAACUUCAUGUACAAAAUACCUAUAAAUUUUCAUAAUGUUCCGAUUUCUAUGGAUUCCAUAUUAUUUUUUGUGUCAAAUCAUUUGGUGACUGACUUUUUAAGUUAAAUACUGUUAACGACCACACCAUUUAUUGAGAAUAGUAAAAUAUUGUUUGAAUUACGAGGCAGGUAUUCAAAAUAAGUACUUACAUUGAUCAUCAACAUUUUCCCCAAAAUGUUGAAUAACUUAAAUAGUAAUAUUUUGGUUGUAUUUUAUUUUAAGGUUUCCUGUAUUUUUAAUUAAUUAAUUAAAUAG